UGGGAAAGUGGCAACAUCUCAAAUUUCAUCACAUCCUACAAUCUUGCCAUUGAGUCUGUCGAUAUUUACGCACAGUACUUCAUAUAUAAUGAUCAUGAUGAAUCACUAUUGUCGAGGAUUGUGAUGACUUUCUUGGUCGAUUGACUCGUUACGGAUGGUCUGAGGCCAGCCAUGCAUGGAUUGUGCUUGCUUCGACAGCAGACUUUAUGGGGAGGCCUAAUACCAUUUGCCAGCACAAAAUUUGCAAAUGCUUGCAUGGGUUUAUACCACGAGACACUGAAUCGCUUACAAGUGGGUGUAAGAGAAGGAAACCACUUGAAUGUGGUGAGGGUAAAACCAAAUUGCCAUAGCUACAUUUCCUGCAUACCCUCAAUACUUGGCAGCUUCAAAUGAUAUUAUAUUAUAUAGUUUAGCAUGCUCCACAAAUUGCUCCUGCUCUGCUUAUGCAUAUGAUAGCGGAGGAGCCUGUUUCUUGUAUUCUGGAGAUUUGUCCACCAUGUAUACCCCAACAAACACUUCUGUGACUGUGAUGGCUCAUAUAUAUAUCAAGAUCGAAGCAAGUCACAAUAGAAAACUACUUGUUGUGGAACUAGUUGUGUCUGUUUCAGCUGCACUAAUUUUAUCAUUUUUGUGCUUUCGUUAUAUCUGGCCAAAGCUUAAAACCAUAGAUUCAGGGGAAACAAAUCAGAAUCUAUUGCUACUUGAUUUGAAUAGUGAUGGUUCAUUUACAAACAAGGAGGGUGAAGACAAACAUAGGUGGCAUAAGUUGCCAAUCUUCAGUUUGGGAAGCAUAACUGCAUCAACCAACAACUUUUCUAUUACAAACAAGCUUGGACAAGGUGGUUUUGGACCUGUUUAUAAGGGAGAGUUGGCUAAUGGACAGUUUGUGGCUGUGAAAAGGCUCUCUCAGAAGUCAAGGCAGGGAUUAGAGGAAUUCAGAAAUGAGAUGCAUCUGAUUGCCAAACUGCAGCACAGAAAUCUUGUCCGGAUUUUUGGAUGCUGCGAUGAGAAAGAUGAGAUGAUACUUGUCUACGAAUACAUGCCCAAUAAAAGCUUGGAUUAUUUCCUCUUUGAGCCAAGCCAGAAAGACGUAAUUGACUGGAAUAAACGCAUUCAUAUUAUCUCAGGCAUUGCUCAAGGGCUUAUGUAUCUCCACCAAUACUCGCAGUUGAGAAUAGUCCACAGGGAUUUGAAAGCUAGCAAUAUCCUACUGGAUGCUGAAAUGAAUCCCAAAAUCAGUGAUUUUGGGCUAGCCAGAAUAUUUGGAGGGAAUGAGUCGCAAGAAAAUACUAAACGGAUUGUUGGGACAUAUGGUUAUAUGUCACCAGAAUAUGCAAUGGAAGGGCUUUUCUCAGUGAAGUCUGAUGUGUUUGCAUUCGGAGUAUUGAUGCUGGAGAUUAUCAGCGGAAAGAAGAACACUGGUAUCUAUGGCUCUGAGUAUCUAUGUCUUCUUAGAUAUGCGUGGGAUUUGUGGAAGAAAGGUCGUGUUGAUGAGCUCAUUGUUCCUACAUUAGAACUGCCCGAAUCUUGGUCAUCGGUUGCAAUGAGAUACGUUCAGAUAAGCCUAUUGUGCGUUGAAGAAAAUCCAGUUGAUAGGCCACUCUCUCUGAUGUUGUUGCAAUGCUCAAUAAUGAUAAAAGAGCCAUACAAUCACCAAUAAAUCCUACUUUAUCUGUUGCUCCUGCACAACAAGAAGUCGAGUGGUAUUCAAUAAACAUUAUGACGCUGUCUCAUGUUGAGCCGCGUUAAAUUCUCGUCAAAGGACCAUUGGAGUUCAAUAUUCAAUCGUGGUUGAAAAUCCAACAAAGAGAGGUUAUAACUUCAUCUCCACGAUUCUUAGUACAUAAUUGUGUAUAUUUGAAUGAUUCAAACCCUAA